AUGGUCCAAACAAAUUUGAUAUUUGAAACUCAAAGAAAAGUUGCACGACGGCGAAAAGCUGAGUCCUUUUACAAUGGACGAGACAGAAGCCAAAACAUAACUCUAUCAUGUUCUACCUAUCCUCCAGAAUGGAACAAAUCUGCACUGCCUGAUGUUGGAUACAAGUUGGUAACACUCAGUGAUGACUCCCAUGAAUAUGGAAAAAUUAAGGGGCUGUUUGAGAAGACCAUGAAAAAUCACUACAUCCACAAAUUGCAGCGGAUCCAGAACCCAGCGCUUUGGCAAGUUUUUCAGUGGCAAAAGGAACAGAUGAAGAAGCUCAAUAAAUUGAAGUGCGUGGAAGAGCGUCUGCUCUUUCACGGGACAAAUCCAUCCCACAUUCCUGCAAUCUGUGAGCAGAACUUUGACUGGAGGAUCUGUGGGACUCACGGGACAAUGUACGGAAAAGGAAGCUACUUUGCCAGAGAUGCUAGCUAUUCUCAUGAGUACUGUUCCCCUCACAGUGGUCGCUACAGUAUGUUUGUAGCUCAAGUUCUGGUUGGAGACUUUGUUAAAGGAAAGCCUGAAUACCUUCGUCCUCCAUCUAGAGCCAGCAAUUCAAAUAGACUUUAUGACAGCUGCGUGGAUGACCUGACAGACCCUUCCAUCUUUGUCGUCUUUGAGAAGCACCAGAUUUAUCCUGCUUAUAUCUUGGAGUACAGCAAUGAGUUCCCAUGUGUGAUCCUGUAAUGAAUGGUGGAAUCUCCUUUGAAUUUACACUGAAUAAAUUACA